AUGACACGCCUGAAUUUUCUUGCUCUUAGAGACUUGCACGAUUCGGCUAAUGACUCGCUUCACUCGCCAAUCACCAAAAGGUCAAUUGCUGGGCAUAAACAAGAGAAAUGGGUUCACGAGAUUUCAGAAGCGUCCCUGAGAAUGUUGGAAACUUGCGGCAACACCAGGGAUGUUCUCUUGUUCGCCAAAGACCAUCUGCAUGACCUUCAAUCGGCUUUCCGAAGACGAGUAAGCAUCGCCGACAGCAGUGCAGCUGGAGCAGCAAACAAAUUCUCCGGCUACAGUCUCGAAAGAAAGAAAUUGAAGAAAGCCAUGCUAAGGCGGCUGCACUCGUUGAAGGAGAUGAAGAACAAAUGCAUCCACUCAUCGUCAUCAUCAUCAUCAUCAGAUGUCUCGUCAUCCUUAAACCAAAACCUUGUGGCUGUGGUCAAUGUGCUGAGACAAGUGAGAAUGGCCACCAUGGCCAUCGUGGAGUCCCUAAUGUCACUCAUGUCCAUGCCUAAUGCGAAGCGGCACAGUAAAUCGAAUAGAGGGUUUUUCGAGGCCAGGCUAAGUCGUGUGGACAGCCUAAGUUCGUGGUGGGAAAAUUGUGACACGAGCAUGCUGCAAGAAGCUAGUAAAAGAAUGCAGGCGUGGAGAUGGCCAUUGAUGAUCUUGAAGAAGAGUUGGACUGCAUUUUCAAGCGUUUGA